CAGCCUCAAAAGUCUCCGUGGAAGGAAGCCUUGAGAGACAGUGCAGCGCCGUCCUUCCACCGGAAGUGUCCGAUCGGAACCAGCCCUGCGGGAGAGGAGAGCUUUUGAAACUAAAAAAGGCCCUUCACAGAGCAGAAGUGGGGUUCUGAUGAUACAUUUUAUCUCAAGAUGACAACAGAAUCAACGAAAGCUGCAUCUCAGGACCUUCAGCAGGAUGAAGGACUUCUGAUAGUGAAGAUAGAAGAGGAAGAUAUGGUCUGGAGGCAGGACACUUGCUUACAGAGAAGUGAUCCCCUCAGGCAGGAGCUGUGCCGGCGGCUGUUCAGGCAGUUCUGCUACCAGGACUCCGCUGGACCCCGUGAGGCACUGAGCCGGCUCCGAGAGCUCUGCUGUCAGUGGCUGAAGCCAGAAACCCAUACUAAGGAGCAGAUCCUGGAGCUGCUGGUUCUGGAGCAGUUCCUGACCAUCCUGCCAGGGGAUCUACAGGCUUGGGUACGUGAACAUUACCCAGAGAGUGGAGAGGAAGCAGUGACCAUCCUGGAAGAUCUAGAGAGAGGCACUGAUGAAGCAGUACUCCAGGUUCCAGUCCAUGGACAUGGCCAGGAAAUAUUCAGGAGAAAAGUGGCACCUCCUGGACCAGGACUUAGUGUCCAGUUUGAGCCAGUGGACCCCAAAACCCUUCAUGGUUCUUCAGAACCUCAGCUCCUGCUGGACUGUGAUAAUGAGAGUGAAAACAAUGGAUCCAUGCCAAAGCUGGACAUUUAUGAAAAAAUGGAAUCACAGAGAAUUAUAUCAGGAAGAAUUUCAGGAUUUGUGUCAGAAGGAUCUGCUGAGCCUCAAGACAUCUGUAAAUCUGCAGGCAGGAUAAAGAGGCAAUGGGAAAAAGAAUCAGGGGAGUCUCGGAGACCAUCAUCUGCUCAGGAUGGAGGUUUUAGUAAAAUCCUCACCCACAAAAAUAUACUUACAGGUGAAAUAAUAAGCCAUGUUGGAUGUGAGAGAAGCUCAAAUCUAAACUCAAAUGAAUUUACACACCAGAAAUCUUGUAAGUACAGUACUCAUGACCAAAGUUUCAAAUGGAAUUCAGAUUUUAUUAAGCAUCAAAGAAUUUGUGCUGGAGAAAAAAUUCACCAAUAUGGAAAAUCUCUCAAGAACCCAAACCUUACAAAACAUGCAGCAGUUUUCAGUGGAGAGAAAACCCAUCAGUGUAAUGAAUGUGGAAAAGCUUUCAGACACAGCUCAAAACUUAUUAGGCAUCAGAGAAUCCACACUGGGGAGAGACCCUAUGAAUGUAAUGAGUGUGGGAAAGGCUUUGGGGGGAGUUCAGAUCUUAUUAGACACCAGAGAAUUCACACAGGAGAAAGACCCUUUGAAUGCAAAGAAUGUGGUAGAGCAUUUAGCCUGAACUCACAUCUUAUCCUGCAUCAGAGAAUUCACACCAGAGAGAAACCCUAUGAAUGUAGUGAAUGUGGGAAAACCUUCAGAGUGAGCUCACACCUUAUUCGACACCUGAGAAUUCAUACUGGAGAGAAACCCUAUGAAUGCAGUGAGUGUGGGAGAGCCUUCAGUCAGAGCUCUCAUCUUAGUCAACAUCAGAGAAUUCACAAGAGGGAAAACCUAUUAAUGUAAAGGACUUAAAACUCAUAUGGAAAUGCCGAGGAAAUAGUAAAACAUGAAAAACAUCGAAUAAAAAAUAAAUAUUGGGUGGGAUGCAUGCCAAAAGACCAAUGUCUCUUUAUUCUCUCCCAUCUUCAGUUUACUGUUCUGCAUAUGGUCUUCACUUCUCUGUGUCUGCUUUCUGUGAGACUGGAAAUGUGCCUGUUUUAUUGACUGCUAAAGUCAAACCAGAAGAGCAGAAUUUGGGGGAAGCUAAUAAAUAGGUUGGUCUAUGGCAAUAAAAAUAGAAAAAACAGGACUCUCUUGGUAAAUAACCACAAUUACAGUGUAGGGGAAAGAAGAUUGAGGUAAAAAGAUUGAUCCUCAACCCUAGUUAAUGAUUCUUAAGAAGAGGAGGUAGGCUGAACCCAGGAAUGUAUUAGUUUGAGCAGUAUACUGCAAAACAGUGCUUUAGGAAUAUUCCUUUUAAAAAUGAAGACAAAACUAAAUUAGACAGUCACAUCAAACAAGAGGACAUAUAUGUAGGCCAAAAUCUAUGUCCAGAGAUCACGCCAGGAAGUAAAAAUAACGAGAAGAUUAUUCAAGGCAAGAAGACAUAAUCCAGAAAUUCAAAUAAAACAGGAGAGGAAUUAGGCAAAUUAGGCAAGAGAUUAAGAGAUGAGGAGAGGUGUUCAAAUUAAACUAAAUCUUAGGAUUUGAAGGAGAUAGACACAGUAGUACAACUAGUAUUUUGCUGUCAAAUGUGCUGGUGGGAUUUUUCACACCUUCCUGGGGUGGGUGGAUAGAGAUUUUUCUGGGGAGCUCUUCUUGACAGAAUUGGAGUUCUCUAGCUACGGACAACUGUGGAAGAGGGCCAAGGGAAUUAGUACUAAAAAUACAGGUCCUGAAGCUUUAUUCAUUGCCACUAGCUGCUCCUCUCUUUAGAAAUGACCAGGAGGAGAGUGCAGAAAAAAUCAGUAUCUAAGAGAAGAGUAGAGAGGAAUCUACAAGUUGGAACUCUACCAGUGAUUUCAGGGUAUAAAGGUGAGUCCUGCUCUACUUGUUUUACUUGUUUGAUGAGGUACAUUUUCAGUAAUGAGAGAAAUAAAAACUUUAUGGCCUAAA